CGGCCGCCCUGAGUGCGGGCCGGAGCCGCAGCCGCAGCGCGGAGCCAUGGCGCAGCCCGGGCCCCCCCGGCUCUGAGCCCCGGGCCCCCCAUGGCGGCUCCGCACCCCGAGAAGCUGGAGGGAGGAGUCCCGGCCCCGCCGCCCCCCCCGGGGCCCCCCAACCCGCCGGGCAGCGGCCCCCCCGGCGGGCCCGGCAGGAAGCAGGGGAAGGCAGGUCUGCAAAUGAAGAGCCCUGAAAAGAAACGGCGCAAAUCCAACACUCAGGGCCCUGCCUAUUCCCAUCUCUCCGAGUUCGCACCGCCCCCAACUCCAAUGGUCGACCACUUGGUGGCCUCCAACCCCUUUGAAGAUGACUUUGGGGCACCUAAAGUGGGGGCCUCGUCGGCCCCGUUCCUCGGCAACCCGGUGCCCUUUGGGAACUUCCGCAUGCAGGGGGGCAUGACAUCCCAGGUGCCACCGGGCUACGGGGGGGGCCCCCAGGCCAUGCGGAGGCAGCCCCCGCCCUUCGCCCCGAGCCAGAUGGGCCCAGCCUUCAGCAUGCCCCCCCAGAACCCCAACUACGUGCAGCCUGGUGCCAUGAGCUUCCCCAGCCAGCCCUUCAACCAGCCUCUCGGACAGAACUUCAGCCCCCCCGCAGGACAGCUCAUGCAGGGGCCAGUUGGGGGCUUUGGGCCCAUGAUCUCCCCCACCAUGGGGCAGCCUCCCCGAGGAGACAUGGCACCGGGGCCUGCCCUGAAUCCCCCUGCCGGCCCCCCCAUGGCCCAGAGGUUCAGCCAGCCCGCCAAUCUCUUUGGACAGUCUCCCAUGCAGCGGCCCAGCCAGAACCUGCCCCCAAACACCAGCCCCUUCCCUGGGGCUGACCCCGGCUUCCCAGCUGGGGGGGAUGACGGGGGGAAGAACCUCAACCCCCCUCCCAGCACCUUCAGCCAGGAGCCGCACUCAGGCUCACCGGCCGCGGUGAAUGGGGCCCAGCCGAGCUUCGCCCCCAGCAGCACCAGCCGGAGCAGCAGCACCCCCGAAGCUAACAGCCUCCCGCCCUCCAGCAAGGCGUCUGGCAACUCUGGGCACCAGCCACCGCCGGGCCUGGUGUACCCUUGCGGGGCCUGCCGCAGCGAGGUGAACGACGACCAGGACGCCAUCCUGUGCGAGGCCUCCUGCCAGAAGUGGUUCCACCGGGAGUGCACGGGCAUGACGGAGAAUGCCUACGGGCUGCUCACCACCGAGGCCUCGGCCGUCUGGGCCUGCGACUACUGCCUGAAGACCAAGGAGAUCCAGUCGGUGUACAUCCGGGAGGGCAUGGGGCAACUGGUGGCGGCCAAUGACGGCUGA